GCGCCAUGCCGAGCCGGAGCCCCGGCCGUCAUCCGGCGCCGCCACGUGGGCGUGGCCGUCUCCGUGUCGCCGAGGCCGCAGGUCCCUUCGACUCCGCGAUGGCUCUCACGGCCGCCAGCCCCCCAGAGGUGGUCCGUGCGGCGCAGAAGGACGACUACUACCGCGGCGGGCUGCGGAGUGCGGCGGGCGACGCCCUGCACAGCCUGGCGGGUGCGAAGAAGUGGCUGGAGUGGAGGAGAGAGCUCGAGCUGGUGUCGGAUGUAGCCUACUUCGGCCUCACCACACUUGCAGGCUACCAGACCCUUGGGGAAGAGUACGUCAGCGUCGUCCAGGUGGACCCGUCCCAGAGCCGAGUGCCCUCCAGGCUGCGCCGCGGGAUCCUGGUGGCUCUGCACACCGUCCUGCCCUACGUGCUGGACAAGGCCCUGCUCCACUUGGAGCACGAGCUGCAGGUGGCCGGCGACAGCACCCGGCCCACGCAGGGCAGCCUGGCGCCCGCUGCACGCAGCCAGUCAGCCCCGAGGCGCUGGGUGCGCAGGCGGACGGCCACCCUGACGGAGCAGCAGCAGAGGGCGCUCCUGCAGGCCGCAGGGGUGCUCAGGCAGGUCCUCGGCUGCCUCCGGCGGCUCCACGUUGCCUGGUUCUACAUCCAUGGUGCCUUCUACCACCUGGCCAAGAGGUUCACUGGCAUCACUUAUCUCCGCGUGCGCCGCCCGCCUGCCGAGGACCCCAGGGUGCGCACCGGCUACAGGCUGCUGGGGCUGCUGUCUCUGCUGCACCUGGCACUGUCCACGGGCCUGCAGCUCUACGGCUCCCGGCAGAAGCAGCGCGCCCGGCAGGAGUGGAAGCUGCACCGCGGCCUGUCCCACCGCAGGAGCCAUGUGGACGAGAGAGUGGUCAGCACCGCGUCCCUGUGCACGCUGUGCCUGGAGGAGCGCAGACACGCCACCGCUACGCCCUGCGGCCACCUCUUCUGCUGGGAGUGCAUCACCCACUGGAGUGACACCAAGGUGGAUGCCGAGGCAGGCCUCCCGCAGGGGCGGGAGCGGGGCCACGUGUGGGGCCAGGCUCCACGGGAGCAGACGGGCUGGCUCUCGUGGCUCCACUGCAAAAGGCCUCUGGCUGCCCGCUCAGAGUAAGGGCUGUCUGCACAGCCUUGACACCAUGGGUGUGAAGCCCACCAAGUCCAGUGACCAGAGCAAGUGGCUGUGCCACCCCACCUUCCCCCCCCGGACCCCCUGGGCCUAGACCCUGCCGGCCUGUUCCCACGCAGGUGUUUUCCCAGUUCCAGGCCGCUCUGCAGGGGGUGCCAAGCAGAGCGGGCCUCCCUGGGCCCGGCCCUUCCCAGGGGUGAGAGGGACCCGGUCCUGAGGGGUGGACAGAGGACACGGGGUUCACUCCCUCAAACUCCUGAGCCUCUCAGGAUAGCCAUCAUCUGUCCCAGGUCGCUGUCCCUGCUCUGCUCCCCGGGGUUGAGGCCUUCAGGUUUUGCAGCGACCCCUAAAAUAUCAUUGGAGAUGCUGGUGGGGGCGGGCCUGGGGCUCAGCUGACACGGCGGUGACCCCUCCUCCCCCAGGCGGAGUGUCCCCUCUGCAGGGAGAAGUUCCUUCCCCAGAAGCUCGUGUACCUGCGGCACUACCGCUGAGCCGGCGGCCGGAGGAGGGGUUCGUUCUCGAGGUUGGUUUGACUUGCGCAGAAAUCCUAGACUCUCGCACCUUCUGUUCUUUGUCACAUGAGAUACUGUGCCAGCUGCUUGGGAGGACAACGCCGGCCCUGGCAGUGAACUGGCUAACCCAGGUCCUCCAGACAGGUUCGGACAUGGCCUCCGUGGCUCGCCAGCCCUGGUCUGCAGGGCCAGCGCGCCUGGGUCACUCAGCUCCCCUCCCUUCCCCAGGCCAGUCACUGCGCGGGAAGGUUCAACACCAGGCGUGGGAGAGGCCGGCCUCGCAGGCCAGGACUGUGCGCGAGCAGGGAACCAGCAGCUCACCCCCAGGUGUGGUGGUCCGCAGGGCAGGGAGCCGCUGCUGGCCGAGCACGGCUGCUCUUGGGAGCCCUUCCUGCCGCCCGACACGCUCACAGGUGUGCCAGGUUCGUUUCCCGUCCUGGCCUCACGGCACAAAGGCUCUCCUCCUGCUGGGAGGGCCCAGUGGGCUGGCCUUGCCCAGAGGCCAGCUGCCCACAACAGGUCACUACUGCGUCCCGCCCACUUCCUGUCACCUCCGUUCUUUUCAGUUUUUAAAACUACACAACUGAUGCCAGGGGUAGGACUCUGCCCUGCGCCGCCCACAGAGGUGCCGAAACGGUCACGGCCCAGCGAACGGACACCCGCAGGGGAGGCCUCCCAGAGGCCCGCCUCAGUGCCAGGCCGCCGUGACCACAGCCCCGCCACAGACAGGCAGGAGCCUCCGGGGGCCCAGAACCACUUCUGCUCCCCAAGUGCAGGCCCUUUCCCUUCACGUCUUAGGCUUGAGUGUUCACUAUGGAAACUGAAAAACAGGCAGAGGCACCUCGAGUGCUGCAGUGUGGUGGUAAAAGUGCCGACUGGAGGGAGUUCCCGUCAUGGUGCAGUGGUUAACGAAUUUGACUAGGAACCAUGAGGUUGUGGGUUCGACCCCU